UGGAUUGGAUAAUGAUUCCACUUUCGUCUUUCUCUGUUCCUUGCGAAAAUGAAUAUCGUCCCUCUUGCGAUGCGACGGGGCUGAUUCCAAAGCCAAGAACACUCGGAAAUGCUGCUCUCCAUCGUUGGAACCACUCCCACUUCGCCUUCCCCACUCCACUCGACCCCUUCCAAUCCCCACUUCAACGCCUACAAUCCGCUCUUGCCCAAAUCCCUUUUCCCCGGUUUCGAAGCUGCUCGCACCCGUUUCUUCGAGAGGUUGCUGUACCCGACGAGCAAGAACUCGCGCUGCACCAAACCCAAGAGACCCUCUUCUGUCACGAGGGCCAUCAAUGCCUCUCUGAUAGAUGCGCCCCUUCUCUGGGCUGGGAGGCUCUGCGUCUUCUAUGCUUUGCUCAAGGCGGGCUUGGCUGGAUCUGAAGUCAACCCACUUGUCUCAGAGUUGGAGAGUCAUGAUGGGGUUGGUGGUGAAUCUGGUGAUUUGGGAUUCUCCGAGUGGCUCGGGAGCUUGCAGAAGAAACCAGAGAAGGAAGCAGCUGACCGGAGAAAAUUGGUGAGUAAAUGGCAUCCUACAACAAAGGGUACUCUCAGGCGAAACUACCGAGUACCUUCCAAGUCGGAAGGGCGGCGCCUUCUAAAAGCAAUUGCGUCCUUGCUCUCUGAGGAUGAUCACUUCACAGAUGCCACUUCCCACAAGGGCUGUCAAAUUAGAAGAGAGAGUGCGCAUGGAGAAAGCGUAUGUUGCAACAAUGUGAGGGCUUUAUUCGACGAACUCCCAACUCCGCAUGUAAUUGUGGAGAUUACGGCUUUCCCUGCUGGGCCUCUCACAGAGAUCGAUUAUGCCAAGGCCGAGAAACUAGAACGCGUGCUCAGAUCUGGUCCUUCUAUUUGAGAUCUUUGUUACGGGUAGCAUGCCAUCUAACCUGUAAAUAACAACUACAAUAGUAAGGAUGUUUGUGCGGUUACCUGAGUUCUGUCAAGUGAGCCAUGUCUCUCUUUUUU